UUUUAUAUCCAAUCGUAGUAAAGACAAGAGAGAAUAUAUUUACACGAAAGAACAGUUUGCGCAAGCUAAGACACACGACGAAAUUUGGAAUGCAGCUCAAGUUCAGGUUAUAAACGAAGGAAGAAUGCACGGAUACAUUCGAAUGUAUUGGUGUAAAAAAAUCCUGGAAUGGACCAAGAGUCCUGAAGAAGCAAUAGAAAUUGGUCUCCAUUUGAACGACACCUUCGCAUUGGACGGAAAUAAUCCAAACGGAUUUGUUGGUGUAAUGUGGUCAAUUUGUGGAGUCCAUGAUCAUGGCUGGACUGAACGACCGAUAUUUGGAAAAAUUCGGUUUAUGGUGUUUUGGAGCAUGAGAAAAAAAUUCGACGCCGAUGCGUUUUGUGAGCAGUACGGAAGAAGAAUUGAUAACGCCACAGCACCCAAAGCUAAAAAACAAUCAGUUUCUAAUAUCAAGCAAACAUAUCUGAAUAAAAAGCAAUCAACGAAAAGC